AUGUUUGUGGUAUGCCGAUCAUGCAACAGUUUCUUCCAGUAGUUUUCCUUGCAGCAGUGGCAGGUGGUGCAGGCCAGCCCAGGUGGCAGCAGCAGCAUGGCCGGCUGGUGCACAGACAGAGAGACAGACAGACAGGCGGACGGACGGACAGACAGACAGACGGACACUAGUCAUGCCAUUUUCCAUGUGCCUUCCUCGCCGGGGGGCGAGUUUGCGCCCCACAAGCGGAGAGCGCAGGCAGCUAUUUUGAAAGUGACCCCUCAUUCAGGCAGCGACUCUGCAGCUGUCAGGAACCAUGACUGAAGAUGACGGAUUCUGUUGUCGUGGAGGGAUACGCCAGACUUAGAGAUGGGAAAAAGUGGAAAACUAGGUGGCUCGUUCUUCGCAAGCCGUCGCCUGUAGCAGAUUGCCUCGUGCUGCUGGUUUUCAAAGACAAAACGGACAGAGCCCAGGGCAACAAGGAGAGGGCGAGUGUCACCUUGGAGGAGAUCUGCGGCCUGGAAGCCGGACAGUGGUAUGAGGGUGUGGCUUUUACCCUGGCCAUCCUCUGCCUGAACCAGGCCGCCCUGCUGGGCUUCGACGGCAGGGACGCGCUGCAGGCGUGGGACGCCCGCCUACGAUACAGCCUCGGGGAGGUUCACAGAUUCAAUGUCGGAGUUUUACCAGGGACCAAGUUGGAGAGCGGACCUGCAACUCUUCAUUUGUGCAACAACUUGUUGGCUCUGGCCCGGGACGUCCCUCCCGUCAUAAUCGGCCACUGGAACCUUCCAGACCUGCGCAGAUAUGGACCUGUACCAAACGGAUUCGUGUUUGAAGGAGGAACAAGAUGCGGUUACUGGGCUGGUGUUUUUCUGCUCACAUCUGCUGAGAGUGAGCAGAUCAGCUUUCUGUUCGACUGCAUCGUCAGAGGCAUCUCCCCCACCAGAGGCCCUUUUGGACUGCGGCCCGUUCUGCCAGACCCCAGUGCCAGCCAGACGAGUUCAGAGGAGAAGCUGAACCAUGACGCCCAGGAGCUGGAGAAGCGACUGAGCAUGCUCUCUCAUGGGAGCAGUACAGCCUCGUCCACGUACUGCCCGUCCGCGGGGGGAGACGACCGCAGCAUAUCCGGGUCCUCUGACGCGUCGGACACCAGCCAGUCGGACUGCAGCAUCGGCAGCCGCCUGGCCAUCUGGCCCGAACCUGCCUCCAACCCGCCCGAAAACGUCAGCCACUCGGGCGCUAAAGUGUCGCUGCACAUCGUCGAGAAGCUUUCCCCCGGCCAGGGAGCGGGAACCCGGCCCGCGUCUAAGCUCCCCCGGCAGCUUCAGGAGAUCGGCCGCCAGAGUUCGUCCGACAGCGGCAUAGCCACCGGCAGCCAUUCCUCGUACUCCGGUAGCUUUUCCUCCUACACGGGCAGCCUGGAUAUCGCCCCCGGAGACGACUUCGGGUCCGUUUUCAGCUUGCCUCCCCACUUGGCUCAAGACCUGAGCCCUUGCGCUUGCCCGACUGUUUCUGGACACGAGUACCAGGUGCCGACAUCACUCAGGUAUCUGUACGACACUCCCAAGAGUGUGCUGCAAGAAACGAGUGGGGGUGGCAAAGACGGUGAACCCUCCACCUCAGCUAAAGACGCUUCCAGCCUCACGACAGAGCCAGCUGAAGGGCACAGGAACAGUUCGGCCACGUCUGAGAGUCACUCAGAAGCUACUGAAAGACAGUCGGUUGGCGAACACUCUCAAGGCCCUUCAGUGGAGAGUAAGAAAACCAAGGUGGCGCCCUCUAGUGACUCCCUUCACAUCUGCAGCUCUCUCACAUCUGUGUCCAAAAACAUUGUGGUUAUCUGCUCAGUGUGCGGUGGGUUUAAGCGAACGCCACACACCUCUUCAAGUUCUUCCCUGAUACCUGCCAUACCAGAACAUCAUAUUUUCAAUCGGGCAGAUCAAAGUGUUGACAAACCAGCGUGCGGACCCACCGCCGGUGAAUACGUUGCAGCGGGGAAGAACGUUUUGGAGAACUCCUGCCCGGCCGCUCCCGGCACCAAGACGGAGACGGCGAAGGUGAGGGAGGAAUCGCCACUGCCAAAAAAAAGAAGGGAGAAAUUAACGAGUCUCUUGGCCGAUCUGCUUGGCUUUCCAAGCGCAGACACGCAGCCAGAGGCAAAGACGCACAGACUGAACCUGUAUGAGUCCAUGAGCCCAGCUUUUGGAAAGGACCUCAGUCUGGCACCGGCCGCGUCGUCACAAGACGACAAAAACGCUGUCAUUUAUGAAAACUGUUUGAAGUGUCUGGGAGAGCACUGCCACCCUCCGCCGAGGGUCGCGCCCGCCAGGACGUACCGCGUUUCCUCUUCACAAACCUUCCCGACUGGGCCGCACCUGAAGAGAAUCCAAGAAGACGAAGGUGGUGCAGGUGAGGAGCUGCACGGAUCACACAGAGGGGACGGCCAGUGUCAGUAUGAAGAGAUGAGUAAUCGCACGGUGACCAGCGAAGACAAAAGGAUUAAUGGUAAAGAGGAAAGACGCAGAGCAGAUCCUGCUUAUGAGUUCAUGGAGAGUCGGGUACCGGAGAGGAACUCGGAGGCCGAGGAAAAAAGCAAGUACGAGCUUAUGGGCAGCUAUGGACAACAGAGGUUGCUUCAAGAGAUGGAAGGUGCGGUGUUUGUUUUCCCUCCCGAGGCUCCACUUCCUGAACGGCCCCGGAGUGAAGGUGUGACAUAUGUGAAUAUUCCCAUCAGUCCAACGUCCAAGAAACAGCUCAACUACAUGGAGCUGGAGCUGCAGGAGCCAGGCCACGGCACCAGGGGGACGGCCGCACAUCUGCCGUCUCAGAGGAAGAGCUCCACCAAGUACGCCCAGAUCGACAUCACCGCCACGGAGACGGCCCACAAAGUCGGCACGCAGCACGCCCUGGGUCGUCAGGAGGGUCUGCACACUCUAGAGCUGAGGAGAAAGGGGACGCCGCAUUGACUUCACUGAAAUGUCGACGUGUGCAGGACGGCUCCGCCCACCGCCAGCCUGCUGCUCCCGUAACGUUUGCAGUGACUCUGAGGAUUCCUUCUCCGUUCUGUUCCGUCUUUUGAAUAUAGAUUUCUUUGGAGGCUGCAUCGGCCAGUACACAGACACUCAGUUAUCGCCAUCUGUCCAGUGUCCACUUUAUGUCCAGCUGUAAGACGGAGCUCCCUCGGAACGUUUGACACGGGAUGAGUAGCACCGUUUCAGUCUCGGUCCUCUUCGUGAACUCUCACAUCUCAUUAAGUGGCAUCAUGUCAGGCUUACUCGGAGGAAGAUGUGCCAGUCCUGAGCUGAGUCACCGGCUCUGAUAAACCCCCCGGAGCGACGGCAUUUCACAGCUCACUCGGCCCGUCUCUAAUAACAUGCAAUUUGCUGUUUUUGUCUUUGUUUGGGAGGUUGAGGUAGGACGGCGGCAGGAGAGGAAGCGGAGACUGGGUUUUAUUCCCAUAAGGUGUUAACACUCAUUUAUUCCUCAGUGAUCCGCAAUUCCACACGUAGUCGCGCACAAAACAUUUUUUUUUUCUGUAUAUUCAAAGUGGGAUAAAUUUUUCAUCCAGUCUUACUGUGAAAAAUUCAGUCCAGCUGUUUGUAAAAAAGACAGAAAGUAUGUUUAGAAGCAGGGCAAGUAAUGGUUCUGUUUAACACUUCCACACUGCACAUGGUGACUUUUGUCAGGGCGGCUGUGGCUAAUGGAUCGGUGUGUAUCAUAUGAACAGAAUCUCAAUGCUGCUAUGUUCUUUUCUGCUUCACAGUUCGUACGUAAUAGAUUUACUCAGAAGACGUAUUCAUGAAUUAUGCAAAGCUGGAUUUUUUUUUUUUUUUUUUUUUUAAAUCACUCUUGGCCAUCACUUUUUUUUAAUUAUGGACUGAAAAAGACUCAGUAAUAACCUUAUUAUUAUUCCUUAUUAUGUGUGUGCACAUUGAUAUUUUACCAUAAUUAUUUAAAAAAAAAAAAUGCUGUGUACUUUAUAGAGCUACUCGUCGUAGUGGAAACAGUUUUUACCUAUACUCUUUAUUUUGGUUAUCUGUAAAUACUUUUUCUUUCUAUCUAGGUGGUGUGGAUUGUCAUGAAAUACACACGUGGAGAGGUUUAUGUACAGUAAAGAUAUUAUGGAAGGAGUUCAAAGACCGCGCCUGCUCCCUCACAUUCUUUUCAUGCAAUACUAUUUUUCUUGUAAAUUAUUUACAAUUAUAACUUCUGCUUUGAUGUGUUGAGUAUUUUGUGGAGAGUACAGCAGACCAUCGAUGAGAUUCUUCUCCAUGAACCAGUUUGGUACCAUAUUAUAUAAAGCAGCGUUAACACUGA